AUGAAGUGCAAGCCAUUCAGAGAUAUCAAUGAACUCAAGUCUACCUAUGACACCUUAACUGAAGCCUAUGCUGAAUUUCUCCAGUCUGGAAAUGUUCCAAGAUCCCUAGAACAGGAUAUAUUCAGACUGCAGCAGCACCGGUCAUCAUCAGCUACUGUUCUAGACAAAGAAGACUCAUCCCAAGACGAACAGCAACAGAACCAGCAACCAAGAGCUCAAGAGGAAUGGAUGUUCAUCUGCCAAAGAACCAGUGAACUUGAGCCAGUCAACACAACUGAGGAGCAUGAUUGGGCAGAAGCAGCAAGAUCAUAUUCUGAUAUUGAUAAUGCUCCCCAUUUCAUUGCUCAGGGAAGACAGAAUACCACACCCACUCCAUUUACCACAUCUGCUACUCCAGACAAUCUUCAUGGAAGACAGUUGGAUGUGUACACCACUGUCAAACAGCACUUUGAGAGUAACUGUCAAGAACAACUCCACAUCAAUGGUACAGCUGGUACUGGUAAAUCAUACCUUAUCAACUGCUUGAGGUUGUUGGGUGGUAGUGUCAGAGUAGCAGCACCAACAGGAGUGGCAUCUUUUAUUAUUGAAGGAAGGACACUCCAUAGUCUCCUGCACCUACCAGUGAGAGGUGACUUUAAGGAAAUGGAAGGAAGCAAUCUGCAAAAGAUGCAAGAUGAAAUGUCAUCUACCAAGUACCUCAUCAUUGAUGAGAUGUCAAUAAUGGGAAGGAAGACCCUUGGUAUGAUUGACCGUAGACUGAGGCAAGCAUUUCCUGGAAAGUCACAAGUUGUGUUUGGUGGGUGCUCUAUUUUAUUGUUUGGAGAUUUUGGACAGUUACCACCAGCAAUAGACCUUCCCAUUUAUUCUACAGUCACAAGAUCAGAUCUAUCAGACCAGGGGUAUAAAGCACACAGUCAGUUUGAGACAGCAUUUACUUUAACCCAAGAAUGGAGAUACUACAAUGGAAGACUGGACCACCUCAUGGAGCAAACACCAAUUAGAGUACAAGACCAGUCUCCAUAUUGUGGUCACCCAAUUGCUACCAUCAAGGCAGUACCCACUGGAGCCAAUGCAGCCAAAGCUCCAACUGAUGAUGCUGGUGGCUUGGAACCAGUUGUGAUGCUAGCAAGAUCAGCAGUAGUAAUGCUUACUAGCAACUUGUGGGUUGAAGUGGGAUUAGUUAAUGGAGCAAUGGGAACAGUUGAAGAUAUCUGCUACAAGGAAACCACACGUCCUCAUCUACCAGUGGCUGUAAUGGUACGGUUUGAUCGUUACACUGGACCAACUGUGCAUGAUGGAACAGUAACAAUCACUCCAGUACGUCGUAAUUGGUCUUCUUCAGGUGGUCGAUGUUCAUGCCUUCAACUACCACUCAAGCUAGCGUUGGCAGUGAUGAUCCUCAAAUCGCAGGGACUCACUCUAGACAAAGUAGUCAUUGGUGUAGGGAAGGAGUUCUCUUGUGGAUUGACAUUUGUCGCCUGCUCCAGAGCUCCACGGGUGGUUGGGUGCAGGGGGCUAGCUAAGCAGUGA